AUGAAAUUCACCGUCGCUAGUUCGCUCGUCCUUCUGAUUGCCUCCACCUCCGCUGCCGGAAUCAAUUGCCGUGGCUCCGGUCAAUGUUCCCUUGGAACUGUCGGCCACACUCUAGUCAAUAUCAAGGAUAUCGUCGACCGCAUCCAGCCUCGAGACCGCCACUACGAUACCGGCCAGCAGAUAGCUUGUGCAGGGUCCCUUUGUGCAUUCUACCAAAACGGCGCGGGCGGCACUGCUGAUGAUACUUCUUCUUACUUGCAGGCGCUCAUUCACCACAAAUGCAAAACGUGUGGUUCUGUCCCAACUCAGUCCGGCAAUAAUAUUGCGGCUGGUGCGCUCACAGUCAAUGUUGUCGGUCAGCCGAAAUGUCAGGGUGCUUGCUAA